AUGUCUCCAUCGCGUCUUCAACAAAACGGUGCCGCCCAAGGAGCCCAAACCCAAACCACUCUCAAUGCAGAUGUCGAAGGCCAGGAUGCCCACAGAGAUAGGUGGCAUCAUGGUUUGUGUGGAUGUUGCGCCUCGUGCGAAUUAUGCCUUCUAGGCACCUUUCUACCUUGUCUUCUGUUUGGCCAGACGUCCCACCGUAUCGAGGACCCGUCCAUGGAAGGAUAUAGUCACGUAAACAGCGACUGUAUAGUGAUGAUGGGCGUGACCUAUCUUACUGGGUUUGGCUGGAUGUACGUCAUUUCUCAUUGUAGUGUUGCGAGACGGUGA